UGUUCCAUACAUGAACUGAGACAAAUUUUUGUUUUAAUUAGCUGUAGAUAUCAUUCAAAACAGAACUAACUGUUUACUAACUAACCUUUUAAUAUACAAAAAUCGAAAUAAGUAUAGAGAAAUUAUACUUUAUUUUUCAAAUGAACAAGUAUGAGAAUGAAGUUAAUUGUUUUGAGGGAUGCAUGGAUGAGGCACUGGAUUGACAGGAAUCCAGGAUGAGGAAGUGUGACUUUGUCAAACCCCUGUUGGAUCAGUGUGUUCCUGCUCCCAGUCAAGCCAAGAUGAUGACAGGUGAUCUAGCUUCGUGUGACUGAGUUCUGACAUUUCAGUGAUUACAGAAACUGUAUGAAGAGUGAUGGAUCCUGUUGAGGAGGGUCUGGACAGCAGGUUUUCAGGUUGUUCUUCCUCCCUUCAGAUUAGCAUUGUGUCAGCCCUCUUCAUCAUCAUUUAUGUCACAGUCUACAGCCUUUGUACAAGCUGUUUCAGUAUAUCUGAAAGUGUUUCGCCCAGGCAUUUGCACAGACGAGAGAAAACAGAUAUUCCAUCUGCACCCCAACAAAAUAAACUACCUGAGUCCCAGAGUGUUGAAUGUAUGCCAGAUGCCAGGGAUCUGACUGAUCAUAUAUACUCACUCGUGGAGGCUCAACUGAAUGAGGAAAAUCCUUAUGAGUGCAUUAGUGAGCCUCCAUUACAGCCUCCAUCUGACAAAGCUGAAGGGGAGAAUGAGAGCCCUUCCCCAGCAAUGACAAAGCCUGAUCAUAAUCACUCUGUCUCAGCCCCCAACAAACCAGUAAACAAGCAGGCAGCGGAGCAGCCUGAUGCUUUACCUCAACAUCUGACCAACUCCGAACAGACUGCUGUCUAUGCUGCAGUGAACUGGAAAACCAAGAGUCAGAAGAACAUAGCACCUCUGUUUGAUACAGAUACUGUGGUUGAUAUGAGUGAUAUUGCUAAGGAGGCUGUCCCUCCUAUUCCUGACAAACAUUUCUAGUAUGAGAGAAUUUUAAUUUAAAUACAUUAUUUGUAUUUAUUCGCAUUUUGCAAGCCUUAAAACAAACUUGCAACACAAACAUGUCAUUAAAAAUAAAUAUUUUGUA